AUGAAAGCCAUACUACAGAGAGUACUCUCGGGCUCCGUAACAGUGGAGAAGGAGCUCGUCUCGUCCAUUGGCCGUGGCGUUCUCGUCUUUGCGGCGGUUGCACCAGGUGACACCGAAAAAGAAAUGGAGUCCAUGGCAAAUAAGUGGAAGAAGAGCGUGACAGACAUUAGCGGUGAGGUGCUGUGUGUAUCGCAGUUCACUCUGCUAGCCAAAACUACAAAGGGCACCAAACCCGACUUUCAUGGUGCCGCUAACCCCGAAGAGGCGCGACGGUUGUAUCAGUACUUUGUCCAAAAAGUUCAAGCUGGCUAUCAAGCAGAUCGCGUCAAAGACGGAAGGUUUCAAGCUAUGAUGGAGGUUUCUUUAAUCAAUGACGGUCCUGUUACUCUCGAACUCAACGUUGGCGGGAAGGCUACACAAGAAAAUGGUAAGAAAGGGCUAUAG